AGUUCAUUAGGGUAGAAGUUCUGGCUGAGUGUUUUCGAGGUGUUGAGUAGUUUAACGAAAAUAUUAAAGUGUGACAAAAAGUAUGUGGCAAAAUUUGCUUCUAAUUGUGGUGAUUCUAGUGCUUGUUUGCUUGAGAGAUAUUCGAAAACCCGUGUUUUUCCCACCAGGUCCACACUGGAUCCCGUUCAUCGGAUGCGGCUGGCACAUUGCCCAACUGAUCCCCCGUUAUAAAUUUUAUCACCUGAUGUGGCAAGAUUUGGCCACCAGAUUUGGCUCAAUUGUGGGCCUUAAGCUUGGCCGGGACAAGGUCGUCAUCAUUUCGGGUCCCGAAACGAUUCGAGAAUUCUACGCCAAGGAAGAAUUUGAUGGCCGUCCAAAUGGAUUCUUCUUUCGGGUACGAUCUUUUAACCGGCGCCUGGGCAUCGUUUUUACCGAUGGCGAACAUUGGGAAACACAACGGAGGUUUGCUGUCAAAACGCUCAAAUCACUUGGGAUGGGUCGCUCGGUGAUGGUACACAAUCUGGAGAAAGAAGCCGGAGAAAUGAUUCACCACUUUAGGAAGCUGUCCCGGACCCAGAAAGUCGUUGGAAUGCACAAUGCUUUCGAUAUUGCGGUACUCAAUGUUAUCUGGACGUUGAUAGCUGGCAAGAGAUUUCAUCUUGGAGACAAACGCCUGGAGUGGAUAACGGAAACCAUACAUCAAAGUUUCCGCGUUAUCGACAUGAGUGGAGGCAUUCUGAAUCAGUUGCCCUGGGUACGUCAUCUAUUUCCCGUGAAGUCCGGAUUUUUGCCGCUGGUCAACUUGCUAAAACCUUUGUGGGAGUUUUUAAAGGAUACAAUAAAAUUGAAAUCAGAAGACCCCACCCAAGGUGAAUGUUUUAUCUCCGAAUAUCUUCAAGAGCUGCGUAAGCCGAACCUGCACAAAUCAUUUAGCAACGAUCAGUUACUGUGUCUAUGCCUAGAUCUUUUCCAAGCUGGAUCGGAAACAACAAGCAACACGUUGGGCUUCGGUAUUGCCUACAUGCUCCACCACCCCGAAGUGAUGGCCAACAUCCACCGGGAGCUGGACAGCGUCGUUGGUCGCUAUCGAUUACCACUGCUGGACGAUCGACCUUAUCUACCGUACACCGAAGCCGUGAUCUGGGAGAUUCAACGUAUCACAAACGUAGCCCCAUUGGCUAUUGCUCGAAGGACGUUGCAACCCGUUCCGCUGAAACAGUUUGUUAUCCCCGAAAACACCAUUGCAAUACCGUCAAUCCAUUCGAUGCACAUGGACAAAGCGUACUGGGGUGAUCCGGAAGUGUUUAGACCUGAACGGUUCCUGACCGAAACUAAGGAUAAGCUGGUUUACCAUGACAAUUUCAUGCCUUUUGGAGCUGGAAAACGACGCUGUUUAGGUGAAUCGAUGGCCAAAUGGAAUUUGUUCAUAUUUUUCGCCUCUUUCAUGCAUGCGUUUUUGAUAGAACCAGGCCAAGACGGGUGCUUACCGGAUCUUGAAGGUGUCGACGGAAUAACGUUGUCCCCAAAACCUUUUUUUGUAAAAUUGAAGGAGCGUUUAGUAUGAU